UUCAAGCCUAUGGACCUUAAUCGUGUUAUGAAACUCUUGGAAGAUAAAGAUAAAGAUGAUUUAGAAGAAAAACAACUUAAAUCUGUCAAGAAACUGGUGCAGUAUUAUCAGAAUGGACUUCCCUUAAGGGAUUUAGCACAGAUAUUUAAAAUUCUGAAUUUGUGUGCAGGAAAAAUUGAAAACCAACCCCAAUUUAUAGAACCUGCAUGUGACAUAUUAAAAUUAUGUGGCUUGCCAUUUUUGAAAAAGAAAGUAUCGGAUGAAAUAACUUAUGCGGAAGAUACUGCAAUAUCAAUUGCUCUUCUGGGUGACUUAAUGAAAAUACCAAGUUCUGAAUUGAGGAUACAAAUUUGUAAGUGUAUCGUUGACUUUUAUCAUGCAGAACCAAAGAAGCAUAUUCCAGGUUACCAACAAGCCAGUUCAUCAUACAAGAUUAAAAUGGCUGAAGUUGGAGGAUUGGCAAAAACAAUGGUUCAGUCAAUGACCUUGCUUGAAAAUCAACUUGUUGAGAAACUUUGGGUCCUUAAAGUUCUGCAGCAUCUUUCAACUUCUGAAGUCAAUUGUACUUUAAUGAUGAAAGCACAGGCAGCCAGUGGAAUUUGUGUUCACCUCAAUGACCCAGAUCCCUCUGGACAGCUUCUAUUUCGUUCUUCAGAAAUACUUUGGAACUUACUGGAAAAGUCUUCAAAAGAAGAAAUCAUACAACAGCUUAGUAAUUUGGAAUGUUUGCUGACUUUGAAAGAAGUAUUUAAAAAUCUGUUUACAAGAGGUUUUAGUCAUUAUGAUCGUCAACUUAGAAAUGAUAUAUUAGUGAUCACUACAAUUAUAGCUCAAAACCCUGGAGCACCAAUGAUUGAAUGUGGCUUUACCAGGGAUUUGAUACUAUUUGCAACCUUUAAUGAAGUUAAAAGUCAAAAUCCUUUGGUAAAAGGCCUUAAGCUUUCUAAUUCCUGUGAAGAUUUUGAGUUGAAGAAAUUGCUAUUCAACAUAAUUGUGAUCUUAUGUAAAGAUUUACCUACUGUACAGCUAUUAAUUGAUGGCAAAGUUGUUUUGGCUUUGUUCACCUAUAUUAAAAAGCCUGAGAAACACAAGAUAAUUGAAUGGUCUGCAGCACAGCAUGAAGAGUUACAACUGCAUGCAAUUGCCACUUUGUCAUCAGUGGCUCCUUUAUUAAUAGAAGAAUACAUGUCAUGCCAGGGAAAUGCUCGAGUACUGGCAUUUCUAGAAUGGUGUGACAGUGAAGAUCCCUUCAUUAGUCAAGGCAACAGUUUUCAUGGUGCAGGUGGCCGUGGCAACAAGUUUGCCCAGAUGCGUUACAGUUUAAGACUCCUGAGAGCCAUGGUCUACCUUGAAGAUGAGACUGUAAAUACAGAUCUUUGUGAAAAGGGAACAAUUCAACAACUAAUAGGAAUCUUUAAAAAUAUUAUAAGUAAGACUAAUGAAAAGGAAGAGGCCAUUAUUUUAGAAAUUCAGUCUGAUAUAUUACUUAUCUUAUCUGGACUUUGUGAACACCAUAUUCAAAGGAAGGAAAUUUUUGGAACUGAAGGAGUAGAUAUAGUUCUUCAUGUAAUGAAAACAGACCCCAAGAAGAUACAGAGUGGAUUAGGCUAUAAUGUGCUUCUUUUUAGUACAUUGGACAGCAUUUGGUGCUGCAUUUUGGGAUGUUAUUCUUCAGAAGAUUACUUUCUUGAAAAGGAAGGUAUUUUUCUCCUUUUGGAUGUAUUGGCAUUGAACCAAAAAAAAUUUUGUAACCUAAUACUUGGAAUAAUGGUUGAAUUUUGUGAUAAUCCCAAAACUUCGGCUCAUGUCAAUGCUUGGCGAGGGAAGAAGGAUCAGACAGCUGCUAGUCUUUUAAUUAAAUUGUGGAGAAAGGAAGAAAAAGACCUAGGAGUAAAACGAGAUAAAAAUGGGAAGAUCAUUGAUACAAAGAAACCUCUAUUUACUAGUUUUCAAGAAGAGCAAAAAAUCAUGCCACUGCCCGCCAACUGCCCAUCAGUGGCAGUUAUGGAUAUUGCAGAGAAUAUCAGAGCAAAAAUUUAUGCUGUGUUGGGCAAACUAGAUUUUGAAAAUUUACCUGGCCUAUCUGCUGAAGAUUUUGUCACUCUCUGUAUCAUACAUAGAUACCUUGAUUUCAAAAUUGGGGAAAUAUGGAAUGAAAUAUAUGAAGAAAUAAAAUUAGAAAAGUUAAGACCUGUCACUGCAGAUAAAAAAAUUUUGGAAGGUAUUACAACAGCAUCAGAAAAUAUUGGAAAGAUGGUUGUUUCUCUACAAAAUGAGAUGAUUGAAAGCCAAGCACGCCAAGAUGCACAAAGUGAACAAAAAGUAUAUGCAAAAAUACAAGCUACACACAAGCAAAGAGACCUAGCUAAUAAAUCAUGGGAAAAUUUCCUGGCUAGAACAUCAAAUGCUAAAACACUAAAGAAAGCAAAAAGGCUUCAGGAAAAGGCUAUAGAAUCCUCUAAAUACAAAGGGCAACCACAAAACACAAUACUUCAUCGGACAGUUAUUAAAGGCCUUAACACAACGGUGCCCUCUGGUGGGGUAGUAACAGUGGAAAGCACUCCUGUUCGAUUACUGGGAGGACCUCUGGCUGAUACAGAUUUAGCUCUUAAAAAGCUGCCUAUUCGAGGAGGAGCAUUGCAGAGGAUGAAAGCAAUUAAAAUUGGGAAUGGGCAAAACAAGAGUAUUCCUUCCUAACAUACUUAAGAGUCUAUGAAAUAAAUUCUACUUCUAAUUUUAGCUAAAUAUAUCUUUAUACACAAAUGUAAAGCAAAUAUUUUAGAAUAAAUAUUUUAGUAUAUUUAU